AUGAUGCUGCGGGAAGCUUGCUUAUUGAUUAUUUGUAGUUUGUUCGCUCAAAAAGCAGUUUCGGUCGAUCAUACUGUCAAUUUGAAUGCGGUUGAUGCUUCCUAUGUGAUGAAUGGAUACUUGUUUAAAAAUACUACUAUUGACCGUCUCCUGAUUACAAUCGACGACCCAAAACUCUCGGUCUAUGUAUUGUCCAAAUUUGACUCGCAAAAUGACACAAGCUUCUGGAUCGCAGAUGCCACGACGGCGGCGUUGCAAUCCAAUGAGCUACCAGCCUACCAGGUCUUCCAAGGCGCCAUCACCGUAGAUUUGAGCGCAAACCAAAAUUUCAAUUUUGCACUGAUAUUCCGGAGGAUAGGGGCGGAUGAAGCCGAUACCCUGAAGAAAACGACGUUCACCGUGAUUAGCUGGUUGCCAGGUGCCAAGGGGAGUCCAAUUAUGAGCGCUGGCGCCGAUCAGUACUCGGUGAUGACCAUCCUGGCGCCGUUUGAACGCGAAUACCCGACGCUGCAGGUGGAGCCUCUGCAGAUGAACCGACCCAACUGCAAAGUGGUGAUGUACGCGGGAGGGCAACCAAGUGCAGCCGGGGCCGAGAAAUACAGAUUAUACGAUUUUACCAAUGCGACGAGCGACUUCCAGCUCUCGUGCACGAUCCGAGUUUUUGCGGUGACAUUUGUCGUGCCCUCGCUUUGCGGCUUGAUCGUUGCUUUGGAGGAGAAUAUUGACACGAUCGCCCCAAAAGUCGUUGAUGGCAGUCAUGGGUUUGCGAUGAGCAACGCGUACAGACAAAUGGACAAUCUCUGGCUCGCGAUCGGCCAUGGCGGUUACUCGCUCUCGAUGCACCAAAAGGACCAACCCCCGCGCGUUGACGACAUGUUUGAAAUUUCCGUCCGACCCAAUUCCAUCAACGGAACCUUUGAUGUGACCGUAGCGAGCUUUGAGCCGAGAGUCAACAGUACCCUCAGUUUAGCUUUGGAGCAGGACAGCACGAAAGUGUUUGCUGAGAAGACACAGAACUGCCAAUUUUCGGAUCACAUCGACGGCGAUGAGCGUGAGAUACGAACCCACCACUUC